CUGAGAGGAAGCCAAUGGUAAACUUCUUCUGAACAAACCUAGGGUACAGUUCUCAUAAGUUGAAAUCAGCUUGAAAGCUUAAUGACAAACUAAAGUCUUGAGAUAAAUCCAUUCCAUCUCAUUUGAUGGCCAGUAUAAUACCUAUUAAAUCCAGCCAUUUAUUUUACCAUUCUGAUCUUAAUCCCUAAAUUCUCUUCUGGUUUCCCCCAGUUUAUCGUUUUGGUUUUACAAGUACAUUCAAACAAUGGUCUUUGCCAUUGAAGAGAUUAAUCAGGCAUCAAGCCUUUUGCCCAACAUCACUCUUGGCUUCCGGAUCUUUGAUUCCUGCCAAAUGGUUUCACGAGCCCUUUUGGGUACCAUGCAGUUUCUUACAGGCCAUCAAAAAGUCGUCCCCAACUUUCAUUGCCAUCAUAUUUCUCCAGAAGCCGGUCUUAUUGCAGAGGCAGGAAUAACCGAGUCCAGAGCAAUUGCCAGUUUGCUGGGUCUCUACAGAUACCCCCAGGACUGUCACACAGAGAAGGAGACAGGACUGUUCUCAGCUGCUCCAGAGGGUAGGACCAGAUCUAAUGCCAUAUGCAUCCCUGUUUUCAUCUGUGAAAAGUUAAAAGGUAUGCAACUGAAUGAUUUUUCCCCCUCUUUUGGUGCUCAGAUCAGUUACUUUGCCACUGGCCCAGUGACCAACGAGAGGUCCCAGUUCCCCUCUUUCUUCCGCACCAUCCCCAGUAACAAAUUCCAGGCUCUCGGUCUUGCUCGCUUGGUGAUUCAUUUUGGCUGGACGUGGGUCGGCCUGCUUGCAACAGACUCUGAAUACGGGGAGCAAGGCAUUCAGAUUGUGCAAGAGGAAAUCAUCAAGAAGAAGGUGUGUGUCGCCUUCUUGAGCUUGCUGCCCCUUUUGCUUGACAUGCUCCGUGUCAGGAACAUUGCCAACACAAUAACAGCUUCCCAGGCCCGUGUCAUUGUCACCUUCUGUGGGUUAGAGGUUCAGCCUUUGUUUAUUCAGCUGUACCAGCAGAGAGUGGAAGGAAGAGUGUGGCUGUGUUCUGAGGCUAUGAGCCAAAUCAGUGUCUUUAGGAACCCAAAGGACAUGUUGAUGCUCAAUGGUUCACUCUCCAUCUCUUCUCACAAAGAACCUGUUCCAGGCCUGAGGGACUUCAUACUCCAGCUCCAUCCCACCACUUCUUCAGAAGACAUCUUCAUCCAGGAGUUCUGGAGCAAGGUUUUCAACUGCAGGUGGAACCAGAGCUCUGUAGAGGAGGUACAUGGUAGCCGCUACUGCACAGGGAAGGAGAAUUUGAAUGACAUAAACUCUUUUGUCAACAUGCCUGGUUUUGGUUUGGCCUUCAACGUCCACAAUGCAGUCUAUGCCAUUGCACAUGCCCUGCAUGAUAUGAUGGCUCAAGAGGACCCAAGAAGACCCAAGGCACAAAUGGGACCUCGUGGCUUCAGCCCUUGGAAGGUGUUUCAGUACCUGAGGAAGGUCCGUUUCAAGAACAAGGUGGGUGAGGAAGUCUCUUUUGAUGAACAUGGAGACCCUCCUGCCCUCUUUGACAUCCACAACACUCACCUCAGUUCUUCAAAUGGCUUCAGGCUUGUGCAAGUAGGACAGCUCAGUCCCUCUCAAACCAAAAAGCUGGCUAUUAGUGACAGCAUCAUCAUGUGGACUGGAGGAAGGACGGAGAUCCCCAUCUCUGUAUGUACACCGAGUUGCCCCAUGGGCUACCACAAGUCCCAUUGCUCAGAUAGACCUACUUGCUGUUUUGACUGUGUGCCAUGUGCACGUGGGGAGAUCGCAAACCAGACUGAUUCUGCCAUCUGCUCAAGCUGCCCAGAAGGUCAAUGGCCGGAUAAAGGGCAGACAAAGUGUCUGCCCAAAAAGGAAUUAUUUCUGCCUUUCCAUGAGCCUCUGGGGGUCAUCUUGGCCAGUACUUCUGUCUGUGGCUCUCUUCUGCCUGUCGUGAUCCUCACCCUCUUCAUUGCACAUCGAGAAACCCCACUGGUUCGGGCCAACAGCUGUGAGCUGAGCUACCUGCUUCUGUUUGGGUUGGCACUUAGUUCACUUUGCUGCCUGCUGUUCCUUGGACAACCCACCCACAGAGCCUGCUUGUUGCGCCAAGUGGCCUUUGGCAUGACUUUUGCCCUCUGUCUCUCUUGCAUCCUGGCCAAGACCCUACUGGUGGUGGCAGCGUUCAGGGCAAUUCGGCCUGGUGGCCUCUCAAGGGUUUGGCUCAAUUCCCGGAUGUCCUAUGCUGUUAUUCUGCUGGGUUGCCUUAUCCAGUUGCUGUUAUGCACAACAUGGUUUGUGGUCUCCCCUCCCUCCCUCAAGAGAGACCCACACACUCUAUCCAAUGCCAUCACCCUGUCAUGCGAUGAAGGUUCACCCACUGCUUUCUGGGGCAUGCUGGCUUACCUGGGCUUGCUGGCUGGGCUCAGCUUAACAGGAGCUUUCUUGGCACGAAAUCUCCCUGAGGCCUUCAAUGAAGCAUCUCUGAUCUGUUUCAGUUUAUUGGGUUGCUUCGGGGUUUGGCUGGCAUUUGUUCCUGCUUACCUUACAUCCCGAGGACGUUAUGCAGCGGCUACAGAAGCUUUUGCUAUCCUUGCCUCCAGUUUAGCCUUGCUUAGUGGGAUGUUUCUCCCUAAGUGUUAUAUCUUAUUGUUUUGCCCCCAGCUGAACAACAGAAGGUUCCUUAUGAGAUCAGAGAAACACUUGACAUUUAAGUCGUUGUAAAGCAGAAAUACAUUGGGCCAUUUGUAUCUGCUGGGGUUUGGUUCCAGGACCCCCCUGGAUGUUUCUUUUUAAAAGAGUGAUAUAUAUUUAUUAA